GAGAGAGAGAGAGAGAGAGAGAGAGAGAGAUGCCAUUUUUCUGCGGUUUCACAAACUUUGUUUUGGCGCACUACCUUAUCAUCAUGGUAUGCGAAAAUUGAACACAGCCAUGAGUCGCACUUUUGCGUUCCGUGUCAUAGCGCGUCUACGAUUUUGAGUGUAGCCGAAAUGAUGGGGUUGGAAUAAUAAUAGUAAUAAAAACCGUAAGAGGACUGAAAUGCGCGCGCGCGGAGGGAAAUGGCACCGCUGUCGCUUUAACUGCACCGGACCGGAGCGCCCCAUAUGAUUUUCGAGCUCCAAUCACCACUUCCCUCUUUCCGCACGCGAACAUGGCGAGGAAAAGGGCAGCUGUGUGAACGCAAAGGACGCCGCGCAGAUGUGAAGCGGAAAUCGGCUCUUUCAUGGAGAGGGACAGCGCGCAUCCCGGGGAGGAGAAUCGGAGCUGGUUUGCACCAAAGAGCAGCGGAUUACAAUGCUGAUAGUGGAGAAGACCGCUGAGCACCCGUCAGGGGAGUACUCCGUGGUGGAGGACAUGGCCCUGCACUGCACUUUCCUGAUGGAGCGUCUGAACGAGCAGCGCUUGCUGCAGCCAGACCUGUGUGAUGUGGACAUCGUGCUUCUGCGCCACAAGGCCACGUUCCAGGCACACAAGGGUGUGUUGGCUGCCUACAGCCCCUUCUUCCAUUCGCUCUUCGCCUCCAGUAAAGAGCUGCAGCGCGUGGAGCUAUCUCUGGAAGCACUGCGACCACAGGGAUUUGUGCAGAUCCUUGACUUCAUCUACACAUCUAGGCUGCUUGUGAACAGUGGGAAUGCACGCGAUGUGCUGCGCGCCGCCACCGUGCUUCAGAUGGGCAACGUGGCAUCGUCAUGCCGGGAACUGCUCUCACGUGGCUCACUGCGGGAUGAGCAGCCUGAGCGGGACAUCCAGACCUGGAGCAACAGCAAUGGAAAUGGAGGAGGCAGUGACUCUAACUUCUCAGUGGAGAUCAAGCAGGAACAGGACGCAUCCAGUGCCAAGAUCUUUGGCACGAAGAGCGAAAGGAGCCCAUAUGUUGCACACAUUGCAGAAAGACAGCAUUUGGGGACAUGCAAGGAGGACAGUAAUAUGGAGCUAUCGAGAGACUCAGAAGAUUGCUUCAACAGGAAGCAGAUCAUUGUCGAGCUCAAUCUCAACAACCAGACCCUAAAUGUGUCCAAAGGCCUGGAGGGAAGCUGCUCCUCUACGGUACCCACUGGCUUUGAGACAGAGAAGGACAACAGCAACUCGGAGGAAGACAGAGAGCAAAGCGAAGGCGAGGAUGAAGUGCCCGGUGGGACAAGCGAGGACGAGGCAGGAGAAGCAGCACAUCUGGAUUUCAGCAUUCCCAAAUUCCUGCCUCAGAGAUCUCGCAGACAAACCAGAUCCUCGGUGGAUGCCAUGGCCACAGUUACGAUGAGAACAAGUAUGAGGGUAAGGCGUGGCGGACGUGGGGGUGUGCGAGGUGAGGAGGAAGAAGAGGAAGGGCUUGGACAGGAUGUGAGACUGGAGGAGAGGCGGAGCUUCCCGUGUGUGAGGUGCCCGCAGGUCUUUACCAACAGCUGGGACAUGGAGAUGCACGCCAACGUUGAACACAACUACAUGCAGGCAUGUGAAAAAUGUGGCACCCGCUUCCUUCUGGAUAGUGAGCUGCUCCUGCAUCAGCAGACUGAUUGUGAGAAAAAUUUACAGUGUCUUACCUGUGGCAAAGACUUCAAGAAACUUUGGUCCCUGCACGAGCACAAUAAAAUCGUCCACGGUUACGCCGAGAAAAAGUUCACUUGUGAGAUAUGCGGGAAGAAAUUCUUUACCAUGGCUCACGUUCGCAAGCACAUGGUUGCUCACACGAAGGAAAUGCCGUUCACCUGCGAGACAUGUGGCAAGUCUUUCAAACGGAGCAUGUCCCUCAAAGUUCACUUCCUCCAGCAUUCAGGAGAGAAACCCUUCACAUGUGAGAAUUGCAAUGAACGUUUCCAGUACAAGUACCAGCUGCGGUCGCAUAUGAGCAUCCACAUCGGCCACAAGCAGUUCAUGUGUCAGUGGUGCGGCAAGGACUUCAACAUGAAGCAGUACUUCGAUGAACACAUGAAAACUCACACAGGUGAAAAGCCGUACAUAUGUGAGAUUUGCGGGAAGAGCUUCACCAGUCGUCCCAAUAUGAAGCGGCACCGGCGUACACACACCGGCGAGAAGCCGUACCCGUGCGAGACGUGUGGCCAGCGCUUCCGCUUCUCCAACAUGCUGAAAGCUCAUCGCGAAAAGUGCUUUCAGGUCAGGAACCCUACCACAGAGGCUCCGCCCACAGAGUUUGAACCCACCCCCAACAAUAUGUCGUAUGUGACAGAUCAGAGUUCUUCAAACCCAAAGGAUGUCAGACCACGUUCUGUGUUCUCAGCUGCACGGACUGACUCGAGAGACGCAUAACUACUGAACUGUUUCCCUGCCAAUCUAGAGGUACUUCCUGUUUAGCUUUUGCGCAUAAACCAAGUAUUUAAUGAUCCUCAGCCUGAAAAAAAUUUACCUUGAGAGAGGUAAAAACAUAGUGUGCCAUAUUUGGUAUUACAGUAUAUAGCCUUCAAAUGUAGCUGCCACUAAUAUUAAAAUCAAAGUAUGUAUGUAUGUAUGUAAGUAUAGUUAUAUUUGCAAUAUAUAUUAAAUAUACUGGAGAAUUAUAGCUACGGUUAAGGUCAUUACUCAUCAUAUAAUAGCAUUACAUAUGUCUUAGCAUUCCAUGAGAAUUCAGGAGGAUUGAAAUGCAGUUCUCGUUCUAGAUGCAGUCGAUAAAGCAAUCUUUUAAGCCUACCUGGAAAUGUGACCUGCAGUGUUAUGAUACUGAAGGUGAUGAAAUUGAAGACACUUAAAAAGAUAGAUGACUAUAAAUCAAAGUUUUUUUUCUUUUUGUUAGCCAAACCAAAAAAACUUUUUUUCCUUACCACAGUUUGGUAUCAGUCCGUCUCCUUAGGCCCUGCCUCCUAAAAUUUGAAGCUGGAAUUGUACCAAAUUUAAGGACUUUCCAUGAUGUUGUACAAAAUUGUUCAAAAAAUGUCAUUAAACGAUUAACAAUGUUAAAAGAAAGAAAGUAUGUGAAGAUUUGGACCUAAAGUUAAUCAGUGUUUAAUGUAUGUGUUUUCCAGUUUAUACAGUACCAACAGAAAGAAAGAAUAGUGAGGCAAAUUUAGUAUUUUUAUUUAAUUGACGAUAUGCGUUAAAGAGGUUUGAAUAUUGUUAUUUUCCCCAUCAGUAUUCUCAAUAGUAUUGUUUUAGAUAUUGAGGGCUUUCUUUCUGAAUUUUCUCAUUAUCUGUUCAUCACCCAAGCCACGUUGUGAUAUAUGAUAAUGUGUAUUAAUGCCUGAGGUAUACUGCACCUUAUAAUCAGAAUUUGAAGCACUUCCUUGUUGUUGGAACAGGGGGUUUGUCCAAGACAAUCCAAACCAGUUCCAAGGCAAUUCUCCACCUUGCUCAAAGCAUACUGGAGUUAAAAUAUUAUUCUAUAUUAUAGUCCUUAUUUAGAAUUUCCUUGGGAUGAGUGUAGCAACACGGUGCUAAUGGUAAAGGCGGUGAGUGUAGACACAGUUCGGCAUGUGCUGAUACAUGGUUAUGUGACAUAUUGAGGUACUUGAGACAAACUGUUGUUAUCCCCGUAGCAUGAAAAACUGUCUAUGUAAACUGAGAUAAAAUAAUAUGCUGACUUUAAAUACUAAAAACUACAAUUGAAUUACAGCUAAAAGAGAACAUUUAGUUCACUUGUACUAUUAUAUGAAUUCUCCUCCUACGUGAGUCUUGUACUCAGGGAGAUAAAGUAACGUAAAGUCUCAAAUUACUAAAACCAAAAAGUAAAACUUUUCCGCUACAAAUAAAAAUGCUAGCAAUUAGCAAAUAAAACAAACAAAAAUCUAUACUGAAUUUCAGAAUGUCAAAUGACAGCUGAUUAACAUAUGUAUUAUUAUAUACAGUACUGUGCAAAAACCUUAUCUAACAUACAGUAUAUUUUUAUAUACAUUUUACCUUAAAUGCAUAUUUUCCCUUCCUUUUAUUUUAUGUCUGCUAUAUUAGUGGCAGUAGAAAAAGGGGAAUUGUAUGUUUUUUUGUUUUUUUGUUUUUUUUUUAAAGAAAUGUAUUAUAUUUUUGGGGGGUUAGGUUCUCUAAAAAUUUAGUUCUCUAAGAAAUUAGGGAAAUUUAGUUCUCUAAGAAACCUGGAACAACCUACCAGCCAAUUUCCUUAAAAACUUGCCCUGCAAUUUACCUUUAAAUCCAAAGGCAAAUUCUGAUUUGAUGCGAAUUUGUAGUCAUUUUACUGUAUACUGUAUUCAUAUACUGAUUAUUUUGAAACCUUGUUUUCACCUCACAGCAUCUCUUUUCAAGUACUUUCUUUAAAACUUUGCACGAUACUGUAUAUUAAAUACAAUGUGAUAAUGUUAUAAUACAUUGUACACCGAGAUGAAAUGUUGAUAAUUAUAAUCCAACACUAUAUCAGCACAUGUCUAGAUGAAGCACCGUAAUUAGAAAAAGUCAAGCCCUUAUUCUUUACCCUAUAAGGUAAAGAUUUCUUCACCAGAUUACCUCUGCACCUCUAAGAGCUCAACUAUACUAGUUAAAUAGUAUAGUCUAUUAGUAUAGUAUUAAAUAUGUUGUACUGCGUGCAACGGUGUGUCAGAUGAGUAUUUCUUUCAGGCCAAAUAUAAGUUCUUGUCUUAGUUUGAAGAGUUCAAGUGUUUAAUGUGUUCAUUGUGAUUUCUAAUAGUAAAAGCCAAUCUUCUGUUACUGAAGUUGUUUUCUUUAAAACAUUUUUAAAUGUUAUUCUACAAUGAGUACCAUACUUUCUGGACUAUAAAGGCAAAUUCUCCAUGGAGACCCAUUAAAGCAUACACACUCCUUUUUUCUAUCCGUUGUGAAAUUUAUUCACGUGUUAUAACGAUCCUGGCUUGUAGCUGCAGAGCAGAAUUGUGUAAUAGUUAGUUUUAAAACUGGGCUCAUUCAACUAUUAAGCAGUCAAACGCUUUAAAAAAAAUAAA